GACCAUGCGGAAGUGGUUGUUGUGUUUUAGCGGAGUGUAAUAAACAACCAACCAUCAGAUAGCUAUCUGCGGCCGUGUACACACUACACGCUGUCAAUGGUCAGGAUGAGUGUGAAGCAGUGUCUGGAGGGUCAGGUGUACUCUGUGCCUCUGAUCCAGUCAGACCUGAGGAGGGAGGAGGCUGUUCACCAGAUAGCAGACGCCCUGCUCUACCUAGAGACUAUCUCUACUGACAUCUUUACCAGGGUGUCUGAGAGUGUAGAGCGGAAUCGCUGUCAGCUGCAGAGUGUGACAGAUCGGAUCAGGCUAGCCCAGGCCCGCGUCGACAAGAUCAAAGGAAGCAAGAAGGCCACCAAGGUGUUCUCCAGUGCUAAGUAUCCAGCUCCAGAUCGUCUCCAGGAUUACUCCUCCAUCUUCAGUGGAGCCACAGACCCUGCCUCUCAGAUACGCCGCCGAUACCGCAUACAGGCCAAACUACGACCCCUUGACGACAAGGCCCUGCAGGAGAAGUUGUGUUAUUAUCCGGUGUGUGUGAGCAGUAAGAAGCGUUCGGAGGAUGAGACCGAGGAGGGGCUGGGCGGUCUGCCUCGAAACAUCUCCUCUGUCAGCUCCCUGCUGCUGUUCAAUACUACAGAGAACCUGUAUAAGAAGUAUGUUUUCCUGGACCCCCUGGCGGGGGCGGUGACUAAAACACACACCACCCUGGAGACAGAGAAGGAAGAGAAACCAUUUGACGCUCCGCUAUCCAUAACCAAGAGAGAACAGCUGGAGAGACAGACAGCAGAGAGUUACUUCUAUGUUCCAGACCUGGGUCAGGUCCCAGAGAUAGACGUCCCCUCCUACCUACCAGACCUGCCAGGCAUCGCUGACGACCUGUCCUACAGCCAAGACCUGGGGCCCGGCAUCGCACCCUCUGGACCCACACACACCUUCCCUGAACUACCCUCCUUCACUGGGGAGGACAUGCCCGGUUCUCAAUUCCAAAUUGCAGUCCCACCUCCUCCCCCACCUCCUCCUCCCCCACCAGAGCCCACACAUACCCCCACCCCUCCCCCUGGUCUCCCCCCUCCUCCACCGCCUCCCCCACCUCCACCUGCAAAUAGCCCUGCAGACGCCAGCUGCACUCAGAGCACAGCUACUGUAGUGGGCGCUCCCAGCGAGGUGGUUGAAUCAAAAGGCCGGGCCAGUCUACUAGAGUCCAUACGCAACGCUGGAGGCAUUGGCAAGGCCAAACUACGCAACGUCAAAGAACGCAAGAUGGAGAAAAAAAAACAAAAGGAGCAGGAACAAGUGGUAGCAGCAGCCAGUGGAGGAGACUUCAUGUCAGAUCUCUUCAAUAAGUUGGCCAUGCGAAGGAAAGGUAUCUCUGGUAAGGGUCCUGGAGGCGGGGACUCAGGGGAGGGCCCAGCUGGCUCUGGCAGCGCAUUCGCUAGGAUGUCCGACGUAAUCCCGCCUCUUCCUGCCCCCCAUCAGCCAACCGCUGAAGACGAGGAUGACUGGGAGGCCUGAGACUUGCCAAUCAGAACCAACGGAACUCUGAGCACAUCUAGCUCUAAGCCGAAAUACUGAGGAAGGAAACUUAACGCUUGUUGAGGAGAGGUGAUGCUGUGCUGUCAGUGGGGUUCCUUCCAGAUCAGGGAUGGGCAACUGGCGGCCCCCCUUUUGUAGACCCACGGACCAAUUAAUGUGGGUAAGCAGACCCACGAGCCACUGCGGCCCCUCAUGAGUUCCGUUUUUUUGUGGUCCCCACCCCCCAUCAAAGUUGCCCAUCCCUGUUCCAGAUGAUAGACAAAUGUACUGAUCUUUCCUGAGAGAAUACAGGACAAACUACAGGAGAGAAGUCAGGCCUCAUCUCAGCAUUGUAAAGAUGUUUAUUAUAAAGUAAUAAUCAAGUAACACCUAAAUAUAAUUACAUAACUAACGCCACACUAAAGCAGCAGAACAUUUCUAUCAGAAUGUUAAACAU